CGUCCCAGGGCCUUCUUCUCCUAAAAAUGGCAGCAGCUGCAACAAGAUUCUUCACUCUGUUCGAAACCACCGCCACCGCCACCGCCACCGCCACCGCUACAAAUCUCUAUCCGUUCCGUGCAAUUCGAUUUCCCACUAAACUCUUCUCUUCUCCAACCAUACGUUUCCGCUGCUACUCGUCUUCUGCUGCUUCCUUGAUAGAUAAUGAUACUACAACCCUCGCUGCCGUUGGUGAAACAUCGGAACAACAUCCAUGGCCCGAGUGGGUGACUUUCGUUGACCGUUUGAAGGCAAAAGGUUACCUUCAUCAAGAAGGUGGAAGUGAUGUUGCUGUCUACAAAGAUAUGAGCAUUUUGAAGGAAGCUUGCCUCAGUUUUGGUCGUGAUCGCUUCGACCUAUUUAAAUCACUAUCUAUGCAAGAUAUUCAAACUCUUAUAGAGAAGGGUUGUCCUAAUAUUAACCGGAAGACUGUUAAUUCAGGGAAACGGUUGAGAGCACAUCUACAACUUGAUGAAGGAGAUGUAUGUGGUGUUUGCGUCCUACGAGGAUCAUGUGAUAGGGCCUAUGUGAUACUAAAAGACAUUGAAUCAGCUGCUCGCACUGUAGAUAUUGUACGCAUCUUGUUAAACUAUGCACUUGAUCCAGUUGUUGAUUCCGACAAGAAGCCUUCUGGGGCAGAACUUGUUGAAGCAUCUGCCAGGAAAUUGCUUUCGGAGUUGACUGAGCUUAGUGACACAACCAUUGAUCCUGAACUGCAAAAACCAGCUGCAACAGUUGCUCGGAAGGCGAAAUCUGUUGACUUCAUGGAACGUGAUCCGUCUCAGAACAUUGAAAUGAAGAGAGGGGAUUGGAUGUGUCCCAGGUGCAAUUUCAUGAAUUUUUCUAGGAAUAAAACGUGCCGUGAAUGCAACGAAGGUGGUCCCCUAAAAGCUGGUAUUGACGACGUUGAAAUGAAGAAAGGAGAUUGGAUCUGUCCUCAGUGCAGUUUUAUGAAUUUCUCCAGAAACAUUCGCUGCAUGAAAUGCAAAACUGACGGGCCUAAGAGGGUUGGAGUUACUGAUGUCGAAAUGAAGAAAGGGGACUGGAAUUGCCCACAGUGCCAAUUUAUGAAUUUUGCCAGCAACACAAAAUGUUUACGAUGCCGAGAGCAACGUCCCAAGAGGCAGCUAAAUCCUGGAGAGUGGGAGUGCCCCUCGUGUGAUUUCUUCAACUAUACUGGAAAUGUUGCUUGCCGAAAGUGCAAUUGUGAGAGGCCGAAAGAUGCAGAAGCCAGAUAUCAAGAGCAGAUAUGGAGGAAGCCGUCCUAAAACCAAAAAAGGGAUCAUUUGAGUGAGGUGCUGCUUUUUUAAUUAAUCAUAAAGUUUUUAACCUUUAUGAUCAUAUCAUUGUGUUAUGGAUUUUAUUGUUGCAUUCUUUCUCUCUUUUGAAUUUAAUUUAUUUUUUGUCA